AUGUCAAAUAUACCCUCAAGCCCGUUCCCUUCGCUCUAUGACUCCAAUAAUUGGGCCGUAUGGUCCCGUGCAAUCACGAAAGUAGACCCCACUUCGUCCAGCGAGGUCAAGACUUUACAUCGGCUCUCACAGAAGAAGCUCAAGCCCGAACUUCUCUUCCACUUCAAGCGUGCUUCGCCAACCAGUCCUCUCACUCCAUGUCAUCCCGGCGAGGAGGUGGAACUGAAGAAGCGCCACCACACCGCCCGUGAAGCACAGGCAAAGAAGCAGAGGAAGGCGAAGAAGUUGAGGGCUGAGGGUGUCGCGGAGGAGGACUUUGAGCUUGCCAUGGUUGAGAGUGACGACGAAAUGGAAUAUUGGGAGUUCUAUGGUGAGGAAGCACUGGAGGAGUCGAUGUUCGUUGCAUCGAAGGAACCAACUCCCCCCCAGCCUUUCAUCAUCCCUCCCGACACCACUCCCAUCCACCUUCGCUAUCCUGCUUCCCCUCCAUCCAAUAUUACCGGCCGUAUUCCACUCACAACGGAGGUUCGCUACUCCGGUUAUGUCUACGCGGACCAGGAAACCAACAUUCUCAGUGUCAAUACGAGUUAUGCAGCCUCCCUACCCUCUCGCGAGAAUUCUACUUGGGGGGAGAGGCCAUUGCUAUACCUAGCAUGGCAGGCACGAUGCCUGGUCAUACAUGUCAUCAUCUGCUGA